UAAUGGAUGCUCAUUAGUUAUUGAUGAAUCGAAAGAAUACAUCUUUUUGAGUAAUAUGCUAAUAUUAAUGUAAAAUCUAUUAUUUUAAGCACCCAUGUAUAAUAAGAGUAAAUUAUUAAUCUUUAAAUUAAUACUUAAAAACUGUCGUUUUGUGCCAAUCCUAAUUAUAUUGACCGAUCUUUGUAAUAAAAGCAAAUUCCAACCUUAAUCCUCAAUUCAAAUAAGGAUUUCAGAAUCAAUUGGUAGUAUCUGACUAUCCGGAUAAUAUUAGGAUUUCAGAAAUCCUUAACCCAAUCAAUUUUGAACUAGGGACUGCCUCCUGCCUAGGACUAUCCUACAUAUAUAUACUCCACUAAAAGAAACAAUCAGCAACUUUCUUCAAUUGCCCAAGAAAAACAAUGGCAACCUUAUUCUCUUCUUCUUUAUUCGAAAUUCUGCAUCCAACCCAUUAUAGAUAUCGUGUCUCCCUUAGUUCUCCACCAGAAAAUCAAGACAAUGACCGAUUUUCCGGACCGGCAAUGAUAACGUUGAUUUUCCACAGGUUCGAUGUUUAUCAGCGGUACGUGCAGUCGCUUAAUGUCCAUCGACCCGAAUUGCCUGUUCCCAGAGAGCAAAGAUUUGUCCAUGUACCAGCCUGUGAUUAUGCAGAAUCGGCAGAAGGACCUGAAUGUGAGAUCAUGACUGCCAUGGGAAUCCCACCAAACAUUGUCAAACAAGUUGGCUGUGAGGUUAGGAGAGCUUGUAGUGGCACUGACGUAUCCAUUUUCGCCGACAUAUACAUAGCACAGGUCCAUCAGCAAGAAAUUGCUUAUGAUGAUGAUGAUGCUUAUGUUAACGAUCACUUUAUGGAACACGUUGGAACAAUCCCUGCUUCCAGAGCAUCCAUUGAUGGGUUAACAAGACUAAGGUUUCGUCGGGGGCCUCAUGACCCUGGAGUCACUUGUGUUGUUUGCUUGGAAGAGCUUGAAGAGGAGGAUGAUCUGAUUGAGCUGCCAUGCUCACACCUUUAUCAUGAAGAUUGCAUAGUUAGGUGGCUGUUGUCCAGCCACCUUUGUCCGCUUUGCCGCUACCGGAUGCCCACCGAGCAGCCCCGACUCUGUCCUUAUUGCGGCACUUAUGCGCACUGACCAGUGAUCACCCACAAAUUAACCUUUGUUCCUAGACAUAUACUAUGAAGCUUGGGACAAAGAAAGGCUUGUUGUUUGGAUCAUGGAAUUGAAAUUGGAAUUUGUAAUUGCAAUCCUAGUGGACUAAAUAUGCUUCUUCUUCUUUUUUUUUUUAAAAUAAGAUUUUUUUUUUUAUUAAUUAUCCAUGAAAAACUUAACAAAAAAAGCCAUUCUACCUCCCAGUAAUAUUUAAAAUAUAACUAUACAUAAAUAAAUA